AUGGUUCAUACCGAAGGCAACGCUCUGCUGAAAGCCGUCUGGCAAGGCAAAUUCCGGCUUACCCGCUUGCUGCUGGAGGGAGGGGCCUACAUCAACGAGGGCAACACCCAGGGGGAGACCCCCCUCAUUGCCGCCUGCAUAGCCCCCUACGAGGACCCUCAGAACAAGCCCCGCAUGGUGAGGUACCUCCUGGAAAACGGGGCCGACCCAAACAUUCCCGACAAGACGGGGAAGUCUGCGCUGAUGCACGCCUGUGCCGACGGAGCCGGGGCGAAGGUCGCCACCAUCUUACUGGAUCACGGGGCAGAUCCCAGCGCCAAGGAUUAUUCGGGGGCAUCGGCUUUGGUCUACGCCAUCAAUAAGGGGGACCGGGCAACCUUACAGGUGCUGCUGGAUGCCUGCAAGGCCAAGGGGAAGGAAGUCAUCAUUAUCACCACCGACACGUCCCCCUCGGGGACCAAGAAGACCAAGCAGUACCUAAAUUCGCCGCCAUCGCCAGGUAUCGAAGAUAAGCAUUCGCCGGCUCUGUGUAUGUCGCCCUCGGACAUCGAGGUGAGGACCGCCCAGUCGCCAGGAGGCAGCGAGAAGGAAGAGGAGAGGGACGUUUUCAACUUCACCAUGGCCACCAGGCUCAGCUGUAACCCCCUCCCACAUGGCAAAGGGAAGGAAGGUGAGGAAAAGCCCUCAGCGCUCCCACCCAAAGGUAGGCCCAAGCAGCUGAAGAGGCUGAACUCAGAACCCUGGGGCUUGGUGGCACCCUCCGUUUUGUCGGCUUCUCAUCAGGAAAAGGCUCGGACCCCAGAGGAGAGGGUGACUGCCGAGAUGAAUGGGCUGAGUCUCUCCAAGAGGCCGCCCCUGUCCCGGAGACACAGCAUGGAAGGCCAAGAGUCGUCCUGCUUCAAAAUGGCUUCCCACCAUGUAAUGGGAGAAGACACCCCCAGCCCGGCAGCAGCAUGGGCAGAGAGAGUCCAUUUCGGCCACCUCCACCAACCUGUCUCCCGGCACAACACGGCUCCGGAAACCCCAGAGGGCGGGCCGGCUCCUGGCCCACGGGGCACGGCCCACCACAAGCUGAACUGCAUGGAGCAUUAUGAAUCUGAUUCCCUCUGCCCAGACUCCAUCCCCGGCUCGCCAGAGUCAGGCCGUGUCUCCGUGGAGCGGAGGAAGUACAACGCCUCCCCGCUGACUCUGCCUGCCAGCUCCUCCCGAGAGAGUCUGGAAAGCAUCCCCAACGCCGUCUCUCCCAACAUGAUACGGCGCAGGACCCCAGGCCUCCUCGAGAGGAGGGGCUCUGGGACCCUGCUGCUGGAUCACAUCGCCCACACCCGUCCCGGCUUCCUGCCCCCGCUCAACUUCAACCCCCACCCUCCCCUCCGUGACAUCCGUCCCAAUGGCAAGCCUCCCUCGCCGGCCCACAAGGGGCUGGUCCCAGUAGCCCCCACUUCUCCAAAGGCCAAGCGGCUUCUGAGGAGACACUCGAUGCAACCGGAACAGAUGAAGCAGUUGGUCAGUUUUCAGAGCCUGAUCACACCCGGGGACUCCGUGGCCAGUUAA